GAAACAGACACGGCCUGUUGGUCCCAAGCAGUACAACAGACCAAGAGCUUCAACAUAUCCGCAAUAGUCUUCCAGAUUCUGUACGAAUUCAACGAGUAGAAGAGCGUAUCUCAGCACUGGGCAAUGUCAAUUCCUGCAAUGACUAUGUAGCUCUUGUUCACCCAGAUCUUGACAGGGAGACAGAAGAGAUCUUGGCAGAUGUACUGAAGGUUGAGGUUUUCAGACAAACGGUAGCAGAUCAGGUGCUGGUAGGAAGUUACUGUGUUUUUAGUAACCAAGGAGGAAUUGUGCACCCCAAAACUUCAAUUGAUGAUCAGGAUGAACUGUCUUCGUUGCUCCAGGUCCCACUUGUGGCUGGAACGGUGAAUCGUGGCAGCGAGGUCAUUGCAGCAGAAAAAAUAAAUGACUGGUGUGCCUUCUGUGGGCUGGAUACAACCAGCACUGAGCUCUCUGUCAUCGAGAGUAUCUUCAGGCUGAAUGAAGCUCAGCCAAGUACCAUUGCUACCAAAAUGAGAGAUUCUUUGGUUGACAGCUUGACAUAA